AGAAGAGGAAGCAGUUGAGCACAGAGCAGCUGGCUCUCCAGCGAGAACCUUUGACUCUCCCUCUCUCCCUCCUUUCUCUGCUCCAGAAUUUUCCCAGGAAAGUGACGGGAAAUCUCCACGGACCUAGCUCCAGCCCUGCACCGUCGUGUCAUAGCUCCUCCGGCCGACGGAACUUCCUUCCCCUCUUCCUGGGUCCGGCUAUCUGGCCGGAUUAGGGCUCGAUUUGGGUAGCUUUGCUUCGGCGACUUUGGUUUUUUGGUUGGUUCUUUCUUUUGUAGGUAAGUUUCGGUGAUGCCGGAGCUAGGUUUUUAGCUGGUCGGACCGGGAUUCUGGGGCGAUGGAUCGGGCGAUCUCGGCCUUGGGUUUUCUCUUCCUCAUUCUCGUUGUUUCUCGGUUCUUGCACGCCUCCGCCAAUGCCGAGGGUGAUGCCCUGAGCGCGCUGAAAGCAAACUUGGCUGAUCCAAACAAUGUCCUGCAAAGCUGGGAUGCUACUCUUGUCAAUCCCUGUACUUGGUUUCAUGUAACGUGCAACAGUGAGAACAGUGUUACAAGAGUCGAUCUUGGAAAUGCAAACUUAUCUGGUCAACUGGUUUCUCAACUUGGGCAGCUUCCAAAUCUACAGUAUUUGGAACUUUACAGUAACAACAUAAGUGGAAAAAUUCCUAACGAGUUAGGGGAUUUGACAAAUUUGGUGAGCUUGGAUCUUUACUUGAACAAAUUGAAUGGUCCCAUCCCCGAGACGUUGGGCAGCCUUCAGAAAUUGCGCUUCCUCCGGCUUAACAACAAUACUCUAACUGGACGAAUUCCUAUGUUGUUGACUACCAUUGGAACACUUCAAGUACUUGAUCUAUCAAGCAACCAGUUAACAGGCCCAAUCCCAGUAAAUGGAUCCUUUUCACUUUUCACUCCCAUCAGUUUUGGUAAUAAUAAGUUGGAUCCUCUUCCGGCUGCUCCACCUUCCACCCUUCCAUCAAACCCACCUUCUUCUCCAGUAGGAAAUAGUGCAACCGGAGCCAUUGCUGGAGGAGUUGCUGCUGGUGCUGCUCUGUUGUUUGCUGCCCCUGCAAUUGCACUUGCUUGGUGGCGAAGAAGGAAACCACAGGAUCAUUUCUUUGAUGUACCUGCUGAAGAGGAUCCAGAAGUUCACCUAGGACAGCUCAAGAGGUUUUCUCUUCGUGAGCUACAAGUUGCAACUGAUUAUUUUAGCAACAGAAAUAUUCUAGGAAGAGGUGGAUUUGGUAAGGUCUACAAAGGACGCUUAGCUGAUGGCUCUCUCGUUGCAGUAAAAAGACUAAAAGAGGAACGCACUCAGGGUGGUGAGCUACAGUUCCAAACAGAAGUAGAGAUGAUAAGUAUGGCUGUCCAUCGAAAUCUUCUACGUUUACGUGGAUUCUGCAUGACACCAACAGAAAGGUUGCUUGUCUAUCCCUUUAUGGUUAAUGGAAGUGUUGCAUCAUGCUUAAGAGAUCGACCUGAAUCACAACCCCCACUUGAUUGGCCGAUAAGGAGGCGGAUUGCAUUGGGAGCUGCAAGAGGCCUUGCGUAUUUGCAUGACCAUUGUGACCCAAAGAUAAUUCACCGUGAUGUCAAAGCUGCCAAUAUAUUGUUGGAUGAGGAGUUUGAAGCAGUUGUUGGAGACUUCGGUUUGGCUAAACUUAUGGAUUACAAGGACACUCAUGUUACCACUGCUGUACGUGGCACAAUUGGGCAUAUUGCCCCUGAGUACCUGUCUACUGGCAAGUCUUCAGAGAAAACUGAUGUUUUUGGCUACGGGGUCAUGCUUCUAGAGCUCAUUACCGGACAAAGAGCUUUUGAUCUUGCUCGACUUGCAAAUGACGAUGAUGUCAUGCUGCUCGAUUGGGUGAAAGGGCUUCUGAAAGAAAAGAAGUUGGAGACACUUGUGGACGCAGACCUGAAGGGUAAAUAUGUUAAUGAAGAGGUGGAGCAGUUAAUCCAGGUGGCCCUGCUCUGCACACAGAGCACUCCGAUGGAACGCCCCAAGAUGUCGGAAGUAGUGAGAAUGCUCGAAGGCGAUGGCUUGGCAGAGAGAUGGGAAGAAUGGCAGAAGGAGGAGAUGUUCCGUCAAGAGUUUAUCCAUACCCACCACCAAAACAAUGAUUGGAUAAUCGCCGAGACCAAUCGGCUUCCCGACUCCACACCGAACCUCCGCCCAGAGGAACUGUCUGGCCCCAGAUGAUAAUAUAGAUUGGAUAUGAUCUGGAAAUGAUUUUGUUGUUGGAUUACUACUGGGUGAACCCCCACCACCCCAACCCACUCUGUAUUCUAGUGUCUUCUUCCUUGUGCAUAUGAUCUUUGAUAUGUUUUGCUUUUCGGAUUCUUUUCUAGUUGCCCCUCUCUCUUGUUUGUGUCAAGUGUAAGAGUUUUGAUGAUGAUGCUGCUGCUGCCUACCAAAACGGUUUUAUGAAUUUUUAGGUGCAGGCUAAAGCCAUGGCUUGAUGAAAGGCCGUGGAAGCCACCACUGCACAUUAUUUUUAUGUAUCAGAAAGUAUAGAUGGAACAAUAAACACAUUCCUCUGUUUGUUCUCAAAA